AUGACGGCUAGUAGACUACAGCGCUGGGCAUUAAUUGUAUCUUCGUAUAAUUUUAAGAUUGAAUUUAUAAGUACCGAGCGUAAUACGGCCGACGCGUUAUCUCGUAUGAUAAAAACUUAUAAAGAAACAGGUUCUUGCGAACAAAGCGACGAACCGGAGCAAACGUAUUUGCAUUUCGCGACGGAAGCGUUACUCUUAGACUAUAACAUACUAAAAAAAGAAACUGUACAUGAUCCUAUUUUAAGCAGAGUUAUUAGUUAUAUAAGAGACGGCUGGCCAGGAGAAUUAAAUAUUAAAGAAUUAAAACCUUAUUAUAACAGAAAAAACGAACUAUAUACGGAACUUGAUUGCGUAAUGUGGGGCCAUCGUGUUGUGAUCCCGAGCGUCUGUAGGUCUAAAGUUUUAAAAGAGUUGCACGACUCGCACAUGGGCAUGGUUAAAACAAAAGGGUUAGCGCGCAGUUACGUAUGGUGGCCGGGAAUAGAUGAAGAUAUAGAGAAGUUAUGUCGGUCGUGUCAGGUGUGCUUAGAGGUGGCGGACGCGCCUCCUGCCCAUGCGAUUCGCUCGUGGCCUUGGCCAGAUCGUCCUUGGUCCCGUUUACACAUAGAUUUUUUCGGCCCAAUCGCAGGGAACACAUACUUAGUCCUAAUUGACGCGUGUACUAAAUGGAUGGAGGUAAUAAAAAUGUCUUCUACCAACGCUAAAGCGGUGAUAAAAGCGCUAAGAGAAAUAUGGUCUCGGUUCGGUUUACCUAAACAAUUAGUUUCGGAUAACGGUCCACCUUUCACAAGUUUAGAAUUUAAACAGUUUUUGGAGAACAAUGGAAUACAACACACGUUUUCUGCUCCAUAUCAUCCUUCGUCCAACGGAGCGGCCGAAAAUGCAGUUAAAACCUGUAAAAAAGUUGUAAAGAAAGCCCUUUCUCAGAAUUUAGACGUAGACACGGCUCUCCUUAGAUUUCUAUUAGUUUACAGAAAUACUGAACAUUGCACUACAGGAGAAAGUCCGGCAAAAUUAUUACAAGGCCGUUCGUUGCGGAUGCGACUCGAUUGUUUAAAACCGGAGCGCGCAGAUCGCGUUAAUGCGGCGCAAAGACACCAGCAGUUGGCAGCAGGCGGGUCACAGCGGUGUUUUAACGAAGGGGAUGAGAUUUUAUACCGUAACUACGGCACGGGGAAGUAA